UUUCUCACAAAUCACAUUUCAGCUGUUUGCGUUUAAAAAAAGACCCCUCGUCUUUGCCACAUAAAACAUUCCUGCUGAAAAUGAUGCAACCCGUAGGAUGUUUUAUGUUACAUGUGAGUGACAGAGCAUGCCGGAUUCCAAGUCCAAGUGCUUUUGGGUCUGCAUUGUAUGCUGCUAAAAAAAGUGAACAAGAGCUAAAGGAUGAAGAAAUGGAGUUGUUUACAAAAUACUACAUGGAAUGGAAAGGAGGAAGAAAAAGCGUUAAUACAUCCUACAUGAAUAUACCACGGUUUUAUUACAGGCUACCAGCUGAGGAUGAAGUCUUACUGCAGAAAUUAAGAGAAGAAUCUAGAGCAGUCUUUCUACAGAGAAAAAGUAGAGAGCUGUUAGAUAAUGAAGAGCUGCAGAAUUUGUGGUUUCUGCUGGACAAACAUCAGACACCACCUAUGAUUGGGGAGGAAGCAAUGAUCAAUUAUGAGAGCUUCUUGAAAGUUGGUGAGAAAGCUGGACCCAAGUGCAAGCAGUUCUUUACAGCGAAAGUCUUUGCUAAAUUACUCCACAAUGAUCCCUAUGGAAGGAUAUCUAUCAUGCAGUUCUUCAAUUAUGUGAUGAGAAAAGUAUGGCUUCACCAGACAAGAAUAGGCCUCAGUUUAUAUGAUGUGGCAGGACAGGGUUACCUCAGAGAAUCGGAUUUAGAAAAUUAUAUUUUGGAACUUAUCCCUACUUUGCCACAGUUGGAUGGUUUAGAAAAAUCAUUUUACUCGUUCUAUGUCUGCACUGCGGUUAGAAAGUUCUUCUUCUUUUUAGACCCUCUCAGAACAGGCAAGAUAAAGAUACAAGAUAUUUUAGCUUGCAGCUUUCUGGAUGACUUAUUGGAGUUAAGGGAUGAAGAACUUUCUAAAGAAAGUCAAGAAACAAAUUGGUUUUCUGCUCCGUCCGCAUUGAGGGUUUAUGGCCAGUAUUUAAAUCUUGACAAAGAUCACAAUGGUAUGCUCAGCAAAGAGGAACUGUCCCGCUAUGGAACAGGGACUCUGACCAACAUAUUUUUAGAUCGUGUCUUCCAGGAAUGUCUGACUUAUGAUGGAGAAAUGGACUAUAAGACCUACCUGGACUUUGUGCUUGCAUUAGAAAACAGAAAAGAACCUGCAGCUCUACAAUAUAUUUUCAAACUGCUUGAUAUAGAGAACAAAGGAUACCUGAAUGUUUUUUCCCUGAAUUAUUUCUUUAGGGCUAUUCAGGAACAAAUGAAAAUCCAUGGACAAGAACCAGUUUCUUUUCAAGAUGUCAAGGAUGAAAUCUUUGAUAUGGUGAAGCCCAAGGAUCCGUACAAGAUCUCCCUUCAAGACUUAAUCAACAGUAGCCAAGGAGACACUGUUACCAGCAUUCUAAUUGAUCUGAAUGGCUUCUGGACCUAUGAGAACAGAGAGGUUCUUGUAGCAAGUGAUAAUGACAAUACUACAGAUAUUGACGAUACAUAACAGGAAUACACUGUACUCAUGGAGAUGUGCCUAAAUGUGCACAAACUCUGAAGCUGCAGGCCUAUUCAUUAUCCAAAUAAGACACUUCCAUCUUCCCCCAGAUGGGUGGUAUUAAAACUUUGUAUAGGGGUUGUCAAAUUGAUAAAUGGUGAAGCCAAAAUAGCUACAGUGCUAUUUAAGAGACAACAGUGGUUUGAUUUUAGUAAGCUGAAGAGAUUGUUUGGAAUCUUUCUUCAACCUACAGUAGCAAGUAACAUUUCUCUUUCAACAUUUUGUUCUAGGAUGUAUAUUAAAACCUGCAGAAUAUUAAGGAUGGGAUUUCCAAAAAUGCCCAGUGUUAGCCUGUUUCUGCUACUGCUGAAGUUAGUAGGAAUCUUGGGAUUGGUCUAACUCUGCUGUAUUUGAUGUCAACAGAGUUUUUAAACCUGUCACAUGUAGUGUUCACUAGCAACUAUGUAUGCAAUGUGUACUGUUUCCUCCCCCCACAUUAUUCAACUAUAGAUGAAGGCUUUGUAUAAAUAAAAAUUUGAAUUUUUAUUUUAGUAAGAGAGAGAAUAAGCAAUUAACAGUGAUCUGACAAACAGAGUUUAACACACACACUAGCAUCUGUGGUAGAUACACAAAUAACUGAAUGGCAUAAGUGAACUGUCUUGUCAAUAAGAGGAACAUGCACUGGUUUAACCUGAAUGUUUCAAAACAAUAUUAGUGUAUCUACAGAGGGGUUUGCAGCAAUUUAAAAGAGUGGUCUGUUGUUGCUUAGCUUAAGUCUAUUCAGAAUUUAUUUAAGCUACGUGCAAGUAUUUACAGCAGGGUUUUCACUGGUUUAAUUAAAUCAUACCACUAGUCAAACUGGAAGUUUUUGUAUACACCUCAAGGCUUUACUUUCAUUCCUGUAUAUUACCUCAGAAGGCUGAGUUGAGUACAGAGAAGUUUUCACUAAUGUUGCCCUAUCGCUAAAAUGGGGUGAUUUAAGCUAAAAUGACUUAAUGCUGCCCUUGGAUUGAUACAUAUUUAUCUCUAAGUAGUACUAAGCCUCCCAAGUCAGAUGGUAAAAUGUAUAACAUCCCAAUUACGCCUGGGUGCAGAGUUCAUCUCAGGAUGCAUUUUGUGGGUUGGGGGAAGUAAGACACCCUUGAGUUUCAGUGUCCAAACAGAUGCCCUUAGGAGGACAUGGACUUAACGGGCAUGCAUCUUAUUGUUUUCUCUUGAAAGCACUGAGUAACUUAAGCACCCCGGAUCCAGGCACACAACUACAAAAGGGCUGGAUCUACAGUAUGAAAGAAAAACAGAGCCAAGGUAAAGUUCAAAAUUAUAUUAAAUAUAAAAUAACCAGUAAUAUUAUGCAUUUACAGCAAAUGUUAAAGUAACCACUUUCAUACAUUUUGCAUAAACUGAAGGAAGGAUUAAGUAUUAAGGCACAGUGAGUAACACAUUUUAUACAAAGAACUUUAACACCAGGACAGCGAGCAUUCCUUGCUCACUGCAACAGAAAGUACAAGAAAAUAGACAAUAGUGCAGUCACAGUUGAUAAAUUUCUGGCAGAAAAAGCUAAACAUCCUUCUCUCCAUUAAUAAAGAUUUUAUUCACAAGUUACUGUAGGCUUUUGCCCUGAACAGAUACCAAUUUUAGACAAUGUAGGCUCUAAGUAGUUCAUCUAUUACCAAUGUGCUCUUUGUUUCACUCACAAUGGACUCAAGCUACCUCUUGCAGAUGUUCAUCAGAAGCUGAAAGAGGCAAAGGAUAGAGCAUCAAAGCAAAGAGGAUAGUUGAUUAAGACAGCUGCUGAAGCACUAUAAAGAGACCAGAAAAGACCCAGACCUGGCAGAGGAAGAAUUCCCUCAUCACAAGCACAGUACAAAGCUACCUUAUGUAGCUCUGCAAUGGAUCCUAAACAAGUCCCAGUGUAGGGGGCACAGAAGGCAUGCUCAGAGUGCUAUAGGCAUUCUUCAUAGUGCCACAGCCCAGGAGGAUUGUCAUAGGUCAGGCAGUCCCCUCAAGUACCCAGAAUCAGAAAGCCCUUAAGGUGGUAACUUUUCCCCUUGUGGGCUGCACCGCCCAAGAAUCUCACUCAAGAUUUCUAAUGUUUUCUUAAACUUUAGAAAUUUCACCUAAAGAUAGUAAGAUUUUCAUUUGAAAUUAUUACUCACAUGAUGUCUGUUGGUGGUGAAGA